UCAAUAAAAAUACAAACCCCAAAACAUAGUGCAUUUGGAGUGCCUUGUUGCCCAAGAGAAGAGACUGCGAGCUCUUUCCAAAAAUUUCUUCCUCCUUAAAGAUUAAGCUUUUCCCCUCUCUCAGAGAGUGAGCCUAUCAGUCUCGCUGCAACACAUUGCAUAUUUUUCAAAGAAAAGAAGCCAAGCCCAGUAACCAAGACCAGCCAGUGCAGAAAGGUAACCAGGAGCAUUCCGAAAUCAAAGAAGAAAGAUGGCUCGAUACGAUCGUGCGAUCACGGUGUUCUCUCCCGAUGGUCAUCUCUUUCAAGUCGAAUACGCGCUCGAGGCCGUACGGAAGGGUAACGCUGCCGUCGGUGUUCGUGGCACGGAUACCAUCGUCCUCGGCGUCGAAAAGAAAUCCACAGCUAAGCUUCAAGAUUCGAGAACAGUUAGGAAGAUUGUAAACCUGGAUGAUCACAUUGCAUUAGCCUGUGCCGGGCUAAAAGCAGAUGCAAGGGUCCUCAUCAACAGGGCACGGAUUGAGUGCCAGAGCCACAGGCUUACAGUUGAGGAUCCCGUUACGGUUGAAUAUAUUACACGUUACAUUGCUGGUCUUCAACAAAAGUAUACACAAAGUGGUGGAGUGAGACCAUUUGGUCUUUCAACGCUGAUUGUGGGCUUUGAUCCAUACACUGGUGUUCCAUCACUUUAUCAGACUGAUCCAUCAGGUACAUUUUCAGCUUGGAAAGCUAAUGCAACUGGGAGAAAUUCAAAUUCUAUGAGAGAAUUUUUGGAGAAAAACUACAAAGAAACUUCAGGACAAGAGACAGUCAAGCUGGCAAUUCGUGCAUUACUUGAAGUUGUUGAAAGUGGGGGGAAGAACAUUGAAAUUGCUGUAAUGACGAGAGAGCAUGGGCUUCGACAGUUGGAUGAAGCUGAAAUUGAUGCCAUUGUUGCUGAGAUAGAAGCAGAGAAAGCAGCAGCAGAGGCUGCAAAGAAGGUCCCUCCAAAAGAAACCUAAUUCUUGCCCACUUUGUGUUCCACCUUGCAAUUCUGUGAUGAAUUCUGGUUAAGAUUAGGUGUCAUUUUCUUAUUUAGAUUAUUGAACUCCCUUUGAACUUUAGGACUUUGAUUACAUCCUCAGGCAGGACUUGUAUGAUUUGAGUUAUCUUUUUCUGUAUUUACAUGUGAGCUGCUAACAUACUUUGCAAGGGAAAGGGCUCUUGUCUUGUUUGAUUGUUGGCU